GUAAGGUCAUCUAACCUUUUGGUUAAUGCUGCAUGGUUGUUAAUUCCUGGUUCAUAUUGUUAUCAAUCCUCACAAUUUAAAUACACAUGCAUGCAUACUAACAACCAUCUCCUGAAACUAUUUCACAUAUCUCCAACUCCAAUGGAACAUUCUAUUUGGUACAUAAUCCUAAUCACACUCUCCUCUUGUGCAACUCUUAAAGCUCUAUUCAACCAUCUUCAGACCCCAUAUAAGAAAUUACCACCCGGUCCCGUUUUAAUCCCAAUCAUAACAAGUUUCCAAUGGCUCAGAAAAUCUUUCGCAGAUUUAGAACCAACACUUAUAAAUCUCAAAAGAAAAUAUGGACCAAUCAUAACUUUAUCAAUUGGUCAUCGUAAAUUUAUUCUCAUUACAAGCUCAAUUUUAGUUCAUCAAGCCCUAAUUCAAAAUGGAGCAAUUUUCGCUGAUCGUCCACCACCAUCAGAAACAUUAAAAAUUAACUCAAGUAAUCAACAUAAUAUCAGUGGAGCUUCUUAUGGUCCUCUAUGGAGACUACUUCGGAGAAAUCUUACUCUUUAUAUUCUUCAUCCAUCAAAGAUCAAAUCAUUUUCACCAGCUCGAAAAUGGGUUUUGAAUAUGAUAGAAAAAAGUAUACAAAAAGAAUCAAAUUCAGGGCACGACCCUGUUCUUGUUGGUACUGAUACUACAUCAACAGCUUUACAAUGGGUUAUGGCUAAUUUGGUGAAGCACCAAGAGCUUCAAUCCAAAUUAUAUGAUGAGAUCAGAACAUUAGAUUCUGAUCUUGAUGAGAUACAAGAAGAAAAUUUGAAGAAACUGUCAUAUUUGAAAGCAAUAAUUCUGGAGGGAUUAAGAAGACAUCCACCUGGCCAUUUUGUUCUCCCUCAUGCAGUUACUCAAGAUGUAACGUUAGAUGGAUAUAUUAUACCAAAAGAAGCUAUAGUGAAUGUCAUGGUAGCAGAAAUUGGGUGGGAUCCCAAAGUAUGGGAAGAUCCAACGGUGUUUAAACCUGAGAGAUUCUUGAAUCAACAUAAUGGUAUGUUAAAUGAAGAAUUGUCAGAUGUAACAGGGAACAAAGAGGUUAAUAUGAUACCAUUUGGAGCUGGUAGAAGAAUGUGUCCUGCUUUUGGUUUGGCAAUGCUCCAUCUUGAGUAUUUUGUUGUUAAUUUCAUCAAAGAAUUCAAGUGGACGGCUAAGGUUGGAGAUGAUAUAGAUUUGUCAGAGAAACAAGAGUUUACUACGGUCAUGAAGUAUCCAUUGUGGGCUCAUGUGUCUCCAAGGGAAGAAGAAGAUUAGUAGUGUUUUCUUUUUUGUCGUUAUAGUGCUUAAUUAAGGUUUAAAUAAGUUUUCGUCCAUGCAGAUCUGGAAUUGUACAGUAAAAUUUGAUAAAGGGGGUUACCCGCUUUACCCCGCUGUUAGAAAUUCGACCCGAUUCUUGCAUUUGUGCUAUUUAUUUCUUACUGUAUAGAGGGUGUAUCCUUCAGCUGUGUUUUUAGGAAUACUUUAGCUAGUUAUUUAGUCAAUUAUUAGUCUCUACCUGUAAUCCUUCAA